GGGAAAAUAUGGUAAAGUAAUUUUUCCUCGUCGUUCAUUCACAACUUGCCAGCAGCUGCAUUAAUAAUAAUAGCAGAGGACAACUACAAACGCAGAGAACGGAACGAGUGAACGUGGUGGAAAUCGCCAUUUUGUGUGACCAUUGUUUUUUUUGUGGAAAAGGAAGUUUUAUUCAUCAGAAAAGAUAAUCCGGAAUUUAUUGGGCUAACGUCAUUUUGGUAGAGAUCGAUUUUUUCCGUUUUGCCAUCAUCUAAAAGUGCCCCUAUAAUGGCGAACAGAAGAUUCAGCGGAAAUAGUCCAAGAUCUGGUCGAUCAUUUCCACAGCAGUUUCAAAACACCAAUGUGAGCCCUUGGCAAGGUGGCGCAGCACCCGGUAAUUCAUUAAAUUCUGGGUUACUUUCUCAAUUAGCCGCUCCCCAGGCACAAUUAGCGCUCGCUUUGACGAGCUUGCUGCAAAAUCAGCAGCAAUCAAACAAUCCACCAUCUUUGCUUUCCCUUAAUACAAGCCCUGCAUUUGGUAGCCAAGACAGCUACAAUUCUCAAAACCGCUUUGCAAGUCGUGGUCGUGAUUUUCGACGACCAGAUCCUUACAACAAGAACCGUGGCGGCUCUGGAGGCGGCAAUUGGCGUCUCGAAAGUAGAGGUAAUAAUAAAGGUUCAAACAGAAAUGAUUUUCGCUCUAACAGAGACCGGAGACCUCAGUUAAAAAACAAAUCUUCUAACAAACCUAAAGACUCUGAUAAAAACGAAAAGGUCGAAAAUGAUUCUUCUAUAAAGCAAUCUGAAGAAGUUGUUGAUGUCUCAUUGGAUGAAAGUAGGGAUGAAGACGGUACGGAAAAGGAGAAGAAGAGGGAUUGGAAGGAAGAGAAGAAGGCAGUUGGAGACAAGGAAGAAGAAGCCGUGGAUUUAAUCGAAGAUAGAAGCAGCCCAACUGCUGAGGAUGAUAAAGAUAAAAAAAAGGAUCAGGGGAUGAAACGUCCUAGAGAAGGUCGUUACCAGGGGGUACCUCCGAGUCUUCUUCAUUGCUUCGUGUGUACCAAGAGUAUGUGGGAUGGCGAGUCUUUCCAAAAUCACUUAAGAGGAAAGGCCCAUAAACAAAUGAUGGACAGUCUUAUCGAAAGUUUCCAAAUUACUGUCAAUAUAUUACGUGAAAACAUGCGCCUGGCUGAAGAGAAGAAAAUGAUCGAGUUGGAACGUUUUAACAGAAGUAGUCGCAAUUUUCAUCGCAAAGUUCAGGAACCUGAAAGUCACUGUAACAUGUGUGAUCUUAAGUUUUUGGGAAAAAUUAUUGCCCAUCGCAAAACUGAAGGUCAUCAACGUUUAAAGAGAUUUCUUCACCCGUCUUGUCACCACUGUAAUCUAGAGUUCCCAUCACGCGUAGAAUGGGUAGAACAUCGUUUCACGCGGGAACAUUUGAAAAAGUUAGCAGACAUGGAUUCUGGAGAAUCUGCAAAAAUUAUAGAAGACGAUUUAGAAAUGGACCUGGAGCCUCUAUUGGAGGAAAGUUUAUUAUCUGAAGACGAUAAUCCCGUUUUGGAACUAGAUGACGAUUUGAAAGACCUACAAAACCGUAUUCCGGCUUACAAAAAAAAUCGUCCGGUGGGAACAUUGUCCCUAAAACCCCUGACUGGCAACUUUUGCGAAAUUUGUGAUCGUUUUAUCCACGAUAAAAAUGUUGACGCUCAUUUGCGAUCUGAACGACACUAUUACAAAUUUGUAGAUGCUGCUAAAACUAAAUACAAAGCGCAGACUGAAAGUAAAGAGAACGAUAAGGAAAAAGACGAGAACAAUUGGAAACGAAGAAAGUUAGACAGUAAGGAGGACAAUUCAGAAGAGAAAAAAGAGGAAACUGAGACCGUCAAUGGAGAUGGAAACGAGAUGUACGAUCCGGAAGAGGCCUGUAAUAAAGACAACGCUGCAAACGAAGACGAUGAAGAUGAAGAAAGACAACUCGACGAGGAAGAAGAAAAUGAAGGGGAUAUCAAGCAAAUAAUAAAAGAAGAACCAAACACUCAAGAGGAAUCAUCACAACAGGUUCCAGUCAAAAUCAAAGAAGAAUCUACUGAUGUACUUCAGAAAGAAGUAAUUAACGAAUGCUCUGUUAAAGUUGAAAAGGUAGAGAAUUCACCAAGAGUUCGUAGAGUAGGACAGGUGAAAAACGGAGCUGGUCCUAAGAGUAAAACAAGAGGAAGAAAAUAAGAAGUACCAAUGAGGUGCGAGCAUUCCGUUUCAUAUGUAUAUUAAUUAAGAAUAUAUCUUUUACUUUCUCUUUCAGUGAUUUUUAAAAAACAUUUUUUGCAAUAUUAAAUAAUUUAAAAUCUACUGGAUUUGCGAAAGUAGUUGUUUAUGAUAUUAAAUUUAUAUUCUUUUCAGCUUAUUUUUUGAUUAAAUUCAUUCAUUAAUUUUAGACUCAACCGAUACAUGAAAUAACGUUCGAAUGUUUGCAUAAUUACUGUAGGGUUUGAAAAAAUGUUUUGUGUAUAUUUUUCCCCUCAAUUUUUAAUUAACUACCAAUAGUUGCUUUGGUAAAUUGUAGUUGCCUGGAACGGGAACGGGCAGACUGAAGAAAUAAUUUUAAAAGCACUUUUUAAUGGUAAAAAGAUAUUUAACGGUAGUUAACGAUAUAAUUAGUUGUAUUUUUAAUGUUACUAGUGGAAAUUUGUGUGUUUGGUGAAUAAUUAUCUCUUACUCCACUGUUAGAUUGAAAUAUUUGUUUUUGUUUAAAAUGACUUCACGCUCAUUUUGGAUAAGCUAAAUAUUAAUUAAUUACUUUAUCUAUUAAUACAUUGUAAUAUUCA